AUGCGGCUCUCACUGCUUUCUUUGUGUGCCACUUGGGCUUUGGGCUCAGCGGCCUCCCCAGUGCAGUCGACCGCCUAUCACAAACCCGAAUCAAAGGGCUUUCGUAUGCAGCACGGGUUUGAAACCGUCCUAGUUCAACCGUUUGGAUACGAUGGGUUUCGAGUGCGAGCAUGGCCAUACAGGGCGCCAACGGGACAGGAAGUCGGCUUCGUGUAUGACCCUCCUCUCGACGGACCCGAGGAUGGAGAGGCACACGGCAUGAAAUUCGACACGGCCUUCACCGGCAAUCGAUCCGAAGAGUUGCGCAAUGGCAAUAUGAUCGUCCGGACAUCCGGUUGGGGUGGUAACCCCGGUGGCUAUCGUCUCGCCUUUUAUCGAGUUGAGUCCAACGGCACAGAGACUCUGCUCACCAAUGAGUAUGCACCACUCAAGUCAAUCAAUCCAAGAUAUUAUUCUUGGACCGGCCCAGGAAGUGAGUUCACCGCCGAGUUCUCCUUCAGCACCACCCCGGAUGAGCAGAUAUAUGGCACUGGAACUCAGCAGGACCAUCUGGUCAACAAAAAGGGGCUCACGAUUGAUCUCAUCAACUUCAACACACAUAUUCCGACUCCUGUUUUCAUGAGUAACAAGGGGUAUGGAUUUGUUUGGAAUAUGGCUUCGACCGGUCGCAUGGAAUUUGGCCCGCUGCGCAACAAAUUCACUGCAGAUGCAGCAUCGGUAGUCGACUAUGUGAUCGUGGCAUCAGACCCCAGUGACUACGACACGCUUCAGCAACGACUGUCUGCGCUCGUCGGCCGGGCGCCUACCCCGCCGGAAUGGUCGCUGGGAUACCUUCAAUCAAAGCUUCGAUACGAGAAUCAAAGUGAGGUCAUCCAACUGGCACAGCAGUUCAAGGACCACGACAUUCCCGUCUCCAUGAUUGUCAUCGAUUAUCAGUCUUGGGCUCAUCAAGGUGAUUGGGGACUUGACCCGAACUUGUGGCCUGACGUGGCUGAGAUGGCCAAGAAAGUGAAAGACCUGACUGGCGCCGAGAUGAUGGCUUCUCUUUGGCCCAGUGUGGCAGACGAUAGUGUCAACUAUCUGGAAAUGAUGGCUCAAGGGUUCUUGUCUGCCACUCGGUCCGGGCCUGGCACGACUGAUUCCUGGAACGGGUCAUACAUCCGCAACUAUGACUCGACAAACCCUGGAGCCCGUCGGUUCUUAUGGAAUACCCUGAAGAAGAACUACUUUGACAAAGGCAUCAAGAACUUCUGGAUCGACCAGGCGGAUGGCGGUGCGCUCGGCGAGGCAUACGAGAACAAUGGUCAGAGUACCUACAUCCAGUCUCUGCCUUUCGCUGUUCCCGAUGUUUUGUAUGCGGCUGGCACACAGCGCAGUGUGGGGAAGCUUUAUCCAUGGGCGCACCAGCAAGCGAUUGAAGAAGGAUUCCGCAACGAGACCACGACAGAAGUAGGAACACCCUGUGACUACAUUUCACUGAGUCGUUCUGGGUACAUCGGCUCCCAAAGAUUCUGCAGCAUGAUCUGGUCAGGCGACAUCACGUCAGUAUGGGAGACACUUGGCGCGCAGAUCGCUAGUGGGUUGUCCGCCGCCGCAACAGGCUGGGGCUGGUGGACCCUAGACGCGGGCGGCUUCCAAGCGGAUCCCACUGUCCCGUGGAGCGCCAAUAUCGAUACACCUGAGUAUCGCGAGCUCUAUGUGCGAUGGUUCCAAUGGACAACGUUCGUACCCUUCAUGCGCACCCACGGUACCCGGAAGUGUGAUUUCCAGAACGCCUACACCUGCGCAAAUGAGCCUUGGUCUUAUGGAUCGGAGAACACCCCAAUCUUGGUCUCCUACAUUCAUCUUCGGUACCAACUCUCUGAGUAUUUGCGAGCGGUGUUUGAUCAACUUCACAAGACUGGUCGAAUGAUCAUGCGCCCUUUGUAUAUGGAUUUCGAAAAGUCCGAUCCCCAUGUCGCUUCAUGGACACGGCUGAACACCAAUACCACGACACAGCAAUAUAUGUUUGGUCCGAAGCUAUUGGUGAGCCCAGUAACGACACCGAAUGUGACUGAAUGGUCUGUCUAUCUGCCGCAGACGGGUGGUGAUUUGAAGCCAUGGACGUACUGGUGGUCGAAUGAGACCUACUCUGGAGGCCAGACGGUUACCGUUCCAGCACCGAAAGAACACAUUCCCCUGUUCCACCUUGGGACCCGGGCGGAAAUUCUGAAUGGGAAUGUGUUCCCGUGA